AUGAUUUUUCUAUGGACAUUUAAUGGCUUUCAAUCAAUUUUUUAUGAUACCGAUCGAUUUGGAUUUGAUUGUUUGCAUUAUUUUCCACCUCAGUCUUUACUCUUUGCUGACAUAGUUAAAUAUUGUAUUCGGCCCAAAAAUGAUACGAAUUUGAUAAUAACCGAAUUUUCUAAUAUAUCCGAUGAUCAUUUAACUUUCGAUGAAUUAUACCGUUUGAAUAUAACAUCGCAAGAAAUUCUCAUGUGGUCAUCAUCAAUGGAUCUUGCCGAACAAUAUGAGUAUUAUCUUGAUCAACCAACUCAAUCUAAUCUAUCAAAUGAAAAAUUCUUUAAUUGCACACAGCCAUGGUUUGGAUCACGAUGUCAAUAUUCAUUCAAAUUUAAUGAAGAUAAAUUAGUGCAGAAUUCUUUUGAAACAGGUAUUACUGGUGAUAUAUUUAAUGGAACGUGUUAUAUUCUUUUAGAAUGUAAUCGUGGUGGACCAUCGAUGUGUCUUGAUUGGCGUGAGAUCUGCGAUGGUCGAAUUGAUUGUCUUAAUGAUGGUAUUGAUGAAAUUGAAUGUUUCAGUUUAGAAAUUAAUAAAUGCAAUGAAAAUGAAUAUCAAUGCCAUAAUGGAUUGUGUAUUCCAAAAAUUUUUUUGGAAAUGGAUUUUGAAGAAGCGCAAUGUCUUGAUAGAUCAGAUUAUUUAGUUAAAACAUCCUUGUGUCUAAAAUUUUAUUUCCGUCUGAAUCUGUUUGAAUGUCAAGAAUUUAUAUGUCGACCUAAUGAAGGUAAAUUUUUGUGUGGUGAUGGACAAUGUGUAGAAGAUUUUGGUCAAUGUAAAACUAAUCGACCUCUCUCAUUAGCUCAAUCGGUUAGUGUUAGAGGGAAUUUAUCCUACAAAUGUUGGAUAAGUAUAGUUUGUCUUACCAAAAUUAUUGAUAAAAUCGAGAAUAUAUCAUGUAAUCAGUUCAUUCAAUCUUCUGAGAUCAUCGAACAAUUAAAACGUUGCAAGUUUCCUCUUCAAUUUCCGAUUAUUCCAGUACUCGAUGGUCAUGUAACAUUUUUAUAUCAUCCAAAAGAGAUUGACAGUAUUAAUGUUACACUAUCUCUUAAACCUGAUUAUAUUUGUUAUGAUGAACAAUUAUGCGAUUUUCUCACACCCACAUUUCGUCAUGAAAACUUGACUUGUCGUUCUGGUGAUCAAAUGAACCUUACAAUGAAUGCUGAAUUGACUACUUGGAAAUCAAUUAUCGAUUCAAUUAAAUCAUACUUUGAUGGUUGUAUUACUCAACAUUAUCAUAUCAUCGAUUCUCAUCAUUCAUCAUUAUAUCAUUGUAAGAAUUCAUCGAAAUAUAUUUCUAAACAUCGAAUUGUUGACGGUAUAUCAGAUUGCUUCUUGAAAGAUGAUGAGCAAGCAUUAUCUGAAUUAAGUUUUUCAUUGAAUCAAACCUCUCAAUUUCCGUGUCCAAACGAGAAACAGUGUCGAUCACGCUUUUUCCCAACAAGUAUCUGUUCUUUUCCAAUACAGAUAAAUUAUGAUGAUAUUCUAUUUUAUAAAAUAUGUGAUCGAAUCGUGGAUUUGCCUAUGAUGGUAAUCGAUGGACGAAAUCAUUCCGAUGAAACUAAUUGUGAAUUUUGGCCAUGCAAUAAUAUUAACACACGAUGUGAUGGUUUUCGAAACUGUGUAGAUGGUAAGGAUGAAGAAAAUUGCACACAACCCAUUGAUAUAAAACAUAACCUUUUUUGUAUCUCGCCGCAUAAUUAUACAAUGAAGUGUUUACCAGUUGAUCAAGUUAGGGGUGGAGCUGUUGACUGCUUUAGUGCAUCGUUCGUUCAAUUUAAUUUCCUUAUUGUGCCUAAUAUCACGUUUCAAAUGUACAAAUUUCGUUGCUGGAAUGAUACAAAAUGUAUAGAAGACGAGAAUCUUUGUAACGCAAAUGAAGAUUGCCCUAUGUAUAAUAAUAAACUAUUCUGCCCUAAUCGUUCGCAAUUAUGUCAUGACUCUGAUUUUGACAAGCUUCCCAAUAUGCAAGACAUUUCUUGUCAAGUCAUUAAUAAACCUUUUACUUCUUUUUCAUUAGACAAUGCAUUAAAUUAUCCAUCGCUGUAUACUAGUCAGACUAAAUCCAUUGAAAAUCAGAUUCAUGAUGAAAUGAUAACUUCAUCGUCGAUUAAGAGUAUUAUACAGUCUGAAAUCUGUAAUUCUGGUUUAUAUGUUUACCAUCGACUUGGAGUCAAUAAUUACAGUAGUUUAUGUUUUUGUCCACCGAAUUAUUAUGGUGAUCGAUGUCAAUAUCAAAAUCAACGUGUCAGUCUUACCUUAACAUUGGCAACUGUUGAACAACCAAUUAUUUAUGCUAUUAUUAUUACGUUGAUAGAAGAUGACAACGAUCAACAAGAAAUUCAUUCGUAUCAUCAAUUCACUUAUGCAUCACUAAAAUAUUGUGGUAAACUUGUGAAUCUCUAUCUAUUAUAUUCGAAGCGUGGAAAGAAUAAUUCAAAGAACUAUAGUAUUCGUAUUGAUGCAUUCAAUAAAGAUUCAUUGACAUAUUUAAUAAGUUGGUAUUUAACGAUUCCAUUCGUCUUUUUACCAGUCAAUCGGAUAAGUGCUUUUUUAACCCUUCCGAUUUUUCGAACAUUCAAUUCGAAACACUGUACUCUACAAUGUUAUAAAGGUACUUGUAUGAAAUAUCAUAAUGAAGAACGAUUCUUCUGUCAAUGUUAUUCAGGUUGGUCCGGUGCACAAUGUAACAUUCCAAUUGAUUGCAGUAUGUGUGCAUCAAAUUCGAUUUGUAUUGGUUCGAUGCGAAAUCGAUCAAUCUGUAUCUGUCCUCACGGAAAAUUUGGUUCUUCUUGUCGUCUUCAACUAGUAUGUCCAAUAGGGAUCUGCAAAAAUAAUGGUCGUUGCAUAGUAAUCGAUGAGAGAAUGAUUGAUAAAAGUUAUAUGUGCUUUUGUUCUGAACAAUUUUCUGGGACAAGAUGCGAAAAGGUUAAACAUAGAAUAGAUGUUUCCCUUAGAAAUAUUGAAACUCCAUUGUAUUUACUCGCCUAUAUUUACACUAGGAUUCGUUUCGAACGAUCACCACCAACAUUUGUUAUACUCAGAAAAAUGACUAUGUUUCAAACUAGUGUCACCUUGUACUCUCAAGCUCUGUUCCAAAUGGUUAUUGCCAAGACUGAUAAUCGUUAUUAUCUGGCUGUACUUCGAAAAUUUGAAUCAUCCAACAUAGUAACCUCCAUCAGCCCCGCCCAAAGAUGUGUUUCAAUUGAUGAACUUUUGACUAUUCAAUUACUCUCAUUGCCACGAACCCAACGAUUGAAAAGCUAUCAUAUUCCAUGUCAACGUGAUUCUAAUUUACAAUGUUUUGUCGAUGAAUUCUACAUGUGUUUGUGUACGGAAGAACGUCAUAGUAACUGUUUUCCAUUCGAACAUCAACAGACUUUUGCCUGUGAAGAUAACGUUUAUUGUGAGAAUGGUGGAACAUGUUUGCAAGAUCGGCCUAUGUGCUUUCUUAAUAUUCUAUGUGUAUGUAAUGAUUGUUUCUUUGGUGAUCGAUGUCAAUUUUAUGCUAAAGGUAUUGGAUUAACAUUAGAUGAUUUAUUACGUUAUGCAAUUCGACCUAAUAGUACAUUAAAUGAUCAAUCAUUGACAGUUAAAU